AGUAAAACCACCACCGAAGAAAAAAAGGAGCCUAAUGGCGUUUCCCUGAAGAAGGCAAAAACCAAAGCAAGACCGCGAAGUAAUAAAUUCGCUAUAAAGACAACAUGAACGUGUCAAAAGAGGAAAUUUGUCGGGCAAAAGAGGAGAACGAAGGACAACGGCCACAACGGGGCCCGGUUGCCUCCGUUCAAAUUGUCCAAGACGUCCAGCAGCUGAUUGAGGACCAAAAAGAAUCGACGCCCCCUCAUGUUAAACGAGAAGCACAAGAUCAUCUGCCCUGCCGCAUUAAGGAGGAAGACUUGCCCCUGAAUGUCGUCGUCGUGAAGAGCGAAGAUGAGUUGUCACGGCUUCAUUGCAGCAUCCCACCACAGGACACGACAACUGAAGACCUUCCCCCUCAACCCCAGGGUUGCGCCUCCAUUUUGGAGCCGGAGGAGCAGCAUAAGGAUCCACGGCUGUCCCACAUGAAGGAGGAAGAGGAGGAGGCUGAGGUCAGCAAGAUGCCCAUGACUGGUGUCUCUAUCAAGAGUGAAAAUGAUGAAGAUGGAGUACUUGAGUGGUCACAGCUUCCUUACAGUCCAAAUGGAGACCACAGUGGUGGAGCACCACCGGACAACCUCUUAGCUCCGCUGUCAGACACUGAUGACAUGGAAGAGUCUUUGAGAAGUGACGUAGAAUGUGAAAGUGACGAUAAACAGUCAAAACGCUGUGACGCUGAGUCACCCAAAAAGAAAACUUCACACAUGCGUAAAAAAAACGUGACCUGCUCUGUUUGCGGUAAAACGUGUGCUACAAAACAGACUUUGAUAACACACAUGAGAACACACACAGGGGGAAAACCCCACAGUUGCUCGCAUUGUGGUAAAGAGUUUUCACAAAGGGGAUCAAUGCUAGAACACGUGAGAAUCCACACAGGAGAAAAGCCGUUUAGUUGCUCAGUCUGCAGUAAAACAUUCUCUCAAAAAGGAAGCAUGCAAGUGCACAUGAGAAUGCAUACAGGAGAAAAACCCUUUAGUUGCUCACAUUGCGGCAAGACAUUCUCUCAAAAGUCAUAUAUGGUAUUACACAUGAGAAUACACACGGGAGAAAAACCCUUUAGUUGCACAGUUUGUGGUAAAACAUUUUCCCAAAAAGGAAGUAUGCACUCACACUUUAGAAAACACACAGGGGAAAAACCUUACAGUUGCUCAACUUGUGGCCGAACUUUCUCUCAUAGGGCUGCUAUGGCCACACACAUGAGAAGGCACACAGGAGAAAAACCCUAUAAUUGCUCGACAUGUGGUAAGAUCUUUUCGCAAAAGCCACAUCUGAUAUCACACAUGAGAACGCACACAGGAGAAAAACCCUAUAGUUGCUCCACUUGUGGUAAACUCUUCUCUCAAAAGCCACAUCUGGCAACACACAUGAGAACGCACACGGGGGAAAAACUCUUCCGUUGCUCAGUUUGCUGUAAAAGCUUCUCUCACAAAGGAAGUAUGCAGUCACACAUGAGCAAACACACGGGGGAAAAACUCCAUAGUUGCUCAACUUGUGGUAAAACAUUCUCUCUCAUGGAGCACGUGGUGACACAUAUGAGCACACACACCGGAAUACCCUUUAGUUGCCCGGUGUGUGGUGAAAGCUAUGCUCAUAGGGGCAGUUUGGCUGAACACAUGCGGAAACACAACGCAGAGACUUGAGAUUAAAAGUUGAGUGUUUGAGUGGGACAUCCAUGUCAUUUUACAGAAGAUGGAUAACAUGCCUUAAUGCUUUCAGAUGGGAAAAGAUGUGGCUAAACUAUGGCGAUAUUAAGAUUUUUCGCCACUAACGCUAACCCACCCAAGUCUUAACCCAUUUCCUACUUUGUGGGCAGUGGUGGAGACUAAUUCAUUAAAUGUAGUAAUGUGAUGUAAUUGCAAAAUUCAUGCAGUCUUACAUUACUUGGAAAAAAAUAUGUCAUAAAAUUACAGCUGCUUUUGGUUAUUUCCACGAUUGCAAUUUUUGUUACAUAUGGAUGGAUGACAAAUAGCUGCAAAAGAUCAGAUUUCUUUUUUUUUUUUUUUUUUCAUAUCAGUUCCCCCUAAAUCCACCGCUAGGUGUUGGUUCUCUCUAGUGAAGUACCACUUUGUCAUAUUCUCAAACUUGAUAUAGAGUAUUUUUCCGAUGAAUAUCGCAAAUCGUUAUCUUGUGCAAUCUAUUAGUUUAAUUAGUAUUUUUUUUUUUUAACAGGGAACUUGUAAUUGUGACCAACUACAUUUCCCAAGUAAUCUUCCCACCAUUGUUUGAAAGGAACACUUUUAAGUGCUCUCUGUACAUAAAUACUAUGCAGUACCACAGUGAAGGCUGCUUCCAAACAUAGCAGUCUUUCCUAUUUAGCUUAUAUUGCUUCAAAGAAACCACUUUGCCCCUUUUUACUUUUGUCUUUUUGACACUACGUACGUUUCUCGAUGGGCUGAGAAAGUGGGGACGCUUUUCUGUGAAUCUCUUUGUGAUUGCAAUUAUGAGUACUGAAAUUGUUGUAAACCACUGCAUAUAAAAGAAAAAUUGCUUCA